AUGAUUUCUGCGGUUACAAUCAAGGAUCUUGUUGGAAUGGAUAUUCGGGGAUACCACUUGAAUAGAUUGAUCGGAGCUGGAAGUUACGGAGCGGUGUAUGAAUCGUCAUCAGGGUCGGAAAAAAUAGCCAUUAAAGCUUCCAUCAAAGCAUCGGAUGUUUUGAAUGAGGCAAACGCUUUGCAGCGCCUCUAUUACCGUGAAUUCACUCCCAAGUACUAUUUCCGCUACACAAAAUGGAAUUCUUCAUACUAUUGGUCAAGAGUUGUUAGGCCCAGAUUUGGAGUCUUUGCGCCAGAAAGCUCCAUGGCAAGCAAUCAAACGCCCAACUCUCGUGAGAAUCGCUUGGCAAGCUCUCGCCUCGAAGCUGUGCAUGGAUUCAAAUUGGUACAUACAGAUAUCAAACUUGGAAAUUUCGCCGUGUCGAUUCCAACUCCUCAUAAUGGAGACUUGGUCGAUAGGGUGACCAAUCCAAACUUCAGUGUAAUGAAGUACUGUAGUUUUGAAGUUGGGAUGGGAAUCGAGCCGAUGCCCAAAGACGACAUUCAUCAGUUAUCGUUUGCGAUUCUUUACGCUUCUGGAUUCGAUUUCCCACGAAAAUUGAGGUGCCCCCCGGAAGAGCGGCUCGAAUGGAAGCGAGAGCUCUUGCGUGAGCCAUCCAAGACGCUUCCCCCUCUCGCUCGAUUCUUGACUCCUUGGUAUGAAGCUAUAUCUGAACUGAACGAUAUCGUGCCCAUCGAUUACGAUGCCCUGAAACAGAAAAUCCAACAAUCCCUCCCUGCUCACAACGCAGCGGCUGAUUUGUACAUGAAGAUGCAGGAUGGAGUAGAGACGCUCGUCUGA